UGCGGAGAUUGGAUUCAACUUAAAAUACUCGAAAUUACGCCAGAACUUACCACCUUGGGAAACACACUCGCAGAAGCUUUGGAACUUCAAAAGGCACAUAAUGAAGUUCUGCGACAGCUUCAAAACAAGCAAAGUCCGGUGGAAGAACUUCUUAGGCAGGCCGAUCAGCUUAUUGCCACUCAAAGGCCAAGAGCUGAAGUAUAUGCAGCUAUGGCAGAAUCUUUGGGUAGAGCAUGGAGAGAUAUCAAUGCAACUUUGGAACUGCGCAAGCUAAUCCUCGAUCUCAACGUUCAGUAUCACACAAAAGCUGAAGAGUUUUUUGGAAAAAAUGAUGCCCUCGAAUCAGCCUGUUCAGAUUCGAAUCUACCAACAGUCAUUGAUGCAGUGAAAGCGCUCUUAACAACUAUACAUGACCUAAGAAGAUCACUAUUAGAGACACUGAUGGGGGCACUUCAAGCGGGAAACACUCUAUUGAGUAAACUUAAAGAACUGGGAGCUGAAGGCACACUCGACUCGAGGCCCGAACGAAUACGAUCUUCUGUUAGCAAAGCAAUAUCACAAGUCCAAGGUUGGUUGGACGAGCUGCAUAUAAAGAGGCAGAUUUUGGAAGUCACUUUUAACAGAAGAAAAGUGCAGCUGGAACAAUGCUUGGCACUAGCAUUGCUAGCAUCAGACUUAAAAGAGCUAGAAGAAGUGUUGAAUGAUAGGAGAAAUCUGCUUGCAAAUAGCACCCAAUUAGGUGAUUCUUCUUCUAGUGCUGAAUUGCUGCUUCAUGAGCAUCAAAAACUUUUGCCAGAAGCCAGGCAGUUGCAAGAGCGAGCUUUAAAAAUAACUAAAGCUACAGAGCAACUAGGAGCUUCAGGCUAUUUUGCUGGAGAUCAAGCCACUCAAAAAUCUUAUGUAAUUUUGUCAUCAACUUCUGACUACUUGGCCGAUCUGCAGCAAAGGGAGAUGCUUUUGGAACGAGUGAUCAACUUCUUCAGAGCAUCUCACACAGUUCUUACCAAACUAGAUCAACUGGAAAUUCAACUGAAAACAACUGAGCUGUCGAGAAGCUCGCCAAAACUGGCCGAGCUGCAUGCGCAAUGUGCCAGAACCAUUGAAGAUUCUACCGCUGCACCAAUUGCAGAAGGAUACGGAAUUUUGGAACUCGCUGCCCAUGGAGGAGGCACCGAAGGAGUGAAGAAAAUGGUUCAGGAACUUGAAAACAUGAAGAUUGUUUUGAACAGUCUUUGUACAGCUCAUAGGGAGGAAAACAAACGAAUUACGGCAGCUCUGAAUAAUUUCAUUGAGCGGCAUGAUGAGAUUUACAACUGGCUGGUUACCAUUGCAGAAGCGUUCUUGCAGGGUCAUCAGGAUAUGGGUGGAGACUUGCGAUUGGCUGAGGACUUUUUGCAGCUACACAAUCGCUUGCAGGUGGACUUACAAACCAAAGGAAAUGAAAUCAACCAACUUCUACUCACUCUACCCCCCAUUUUGGAGUACUUGGAGGAUAAUCAAAGAAUAGAUGUGGAUUCAAAGGUAGAAGGGCUCCACAACCGAUGGAUGAAGUUGAAGAAUCUGUUAGAAAAUCGGCUGGAUUUGGCGAGGAUUUAUGUGAAGUUCUUUAUGGAAGUUGAUAUCGUCAACAGAGAAAUGGACGCCUUAGAAGACUCCACAAGAGGUCGGGAGAGUGUGGAUGAAAGCUCUAUGAGAACUAUUGAAGAGAAAUUUGAGUUGCUGGUUCCAUAUUUCCAAUCGGCUAAAAAUACUGGGCUAACCUUCAUCAGCGAAUCCCAUAGAAUCUCUGAGCCACAUCUCGACACCCAACGGGCUCGAAAGUACGUCGAAUCGGUGCUGGAACGACUUUCUGGACGGCAAUUGAAUGUGACCAAAUCGUGGCAAACUUUCCGCGACGAAGUGGUAGAAAAACGCGAAAUUCUUGUGAGACUUGAAAGAAUAAUGGCAGAGAGUACAAAAACAAUCAGUUGGGUAACCAAACUGGAUUCCCAACUGUACCCAAUAAUCACGACUUCUUCGACCAAUCCGACGGAAAUUGUCGCCCUUUUAGAGCACAAGCUGGAAAAUGUGCUUCCAGAUAUUAAAAAAGCCCAGCAGGAAGUCGGACAGAAAAUCAAAAGCGCUGAAGAACUCGUUGCUAAAGCAGGCGCUGCCGACGAAAAAACUCUGGGUAUUAAGAAUAAACUUAGCGAACUGAGUCAAAAGUUGGUGGAAAUUUCCUCGGAGUAUCAAAUUUUACUACAGGUUCUUAUUGGCUAUUUUAAAAACCUGGAGGAGAUUGACAAAAAGGCUGAAAACUAUAAUGCUCAACUGGAACACAUUCGCUUACCCGACGAUUUGCAAGGAAUUGAAUCGGUACUCAGAGAGUCGGAAGUAACGCGGGAAACUAUUUUGGAACGAUUCCGAUUUGCGCAAACUGAGUGCGAGCAAAUAGAGCAGAGAAUUAAAAACCAAGAACCUACCGAGGCUGCCCAGCAUGAUAUUGAAAAAUUACAACAUGUGCUGGAACUCAGAACAUCAGAAUUUGAGUGUCAGUGGCGCGAAACUAAUGAAAUUCUCAGAACCUGUCGAAAGGUUAGCGAACUCACGAAGGAAACUAAAGAAGUAAGAAAUAAUAUCAACGAAGUCAGCAGCCAGGUUACAGAACUACGAACUCAAGGAGGAGACUCAUUGAGUGCGUCUAAAGCAGCUUGUGAUAACUUUAAACAAUUUACUAGAGUCAUUGAGACUCUUGAUCUUCGUAUAAUCAAACUGAAAGAUGAAAGUAAGAAACUUGAAGAAGAACUACCAGCGGAAGCACCGCGAAUCCAAAGUGAAGUCCGCGAACUGGAGUCCCAAUGGAGCGAUGUUAAAGUUCAAGUGGAAGACACUAAAGUAGUUCUCGAUAAGAACGUGAAGUACUUCGAAUUAAUUAACGAAGCAAACGAUUGGUACAGAGAAGGGAGCAAGCUGCUGGUUGGAAUAGCCAGAAAAUCCACCGCUGUCAAACAGCCCGAAGAAGCCGAGCGCUUAUUAGAAGAAAUAAGCUCCUUUCGUCAGCCGGGUGAAGAACGCCAAUCGGAGAGAAUUCAGGAAAUAUCCACCCUUGCCCAUCAAAUUUACGGCCCUGAUGAAAGUAAACACGCUCCUCUUAUAAACGCAAAUCGAGAAAUGCUCGAAUCAUUCUCGUCUAUCAGCAAUGAACUGGCUCAGCUUUCCAGCAAUCUAAUAUCCGCAGAACAGGAAAAGCAACGCAUUCUAAAAGAGCAAGAAGAAGCUCGCAGAGCCGAAGAAGCCAGACGACUCGAAGAAGAACGGCUUGCUCACGAACGGCGACUUGCAGAAGAACGGCGUCUAGCUGAAGAAGCUCGGUUAGCUCAAGAGCUGAGAAAGGCUGAAGAAGCGCGAUUGGUAGAAGCAAAGCGCUUGGCUGAAGAAAAGUUGCGGGAAGAAAAAGCCAAACUAGCAGAAGAAGCUCGACUAGCUGAAGAAAAACGCGCAGCUGAAGAAAGACGGCUCGCAGAAGAAGCAAAGUUAGCGGAAGAGCGUCGUAGAGAGCAAGAAGCUAUUUUGGCGGAGGAAGCGAAGAAAGUGGAGGCAGCAAAACGCGAAGUUGAAAAGCUGAAAAUCCAGCAAAUUCAAUUCCUCGAAGAAGCUAAAAGAGCCGAAGAAGAACGACGCAGAAUGGAGGAGGAAGAGCGUCAACAGCUGCAAAAAGCGCGAAUGGAAGACGAUGCUCGCAGACUAGAAGAAGCCAGAAUACUUGAGGAACAAAACCGACUGGCACAGGAAGCAAGACUUCUAGAAGAGGAACGUCUGAGGGAAAAACACAAUGAACUAGAAGCUGAACGUCAACGCUUAGAAGAAGAAAAAUUGCGAGCAGAGAAGGCCCGAAUGGAAGAAGAGCGAAGACUAGCCGAACAGCGACAGGCCGAGGAAGAGCAGCUGAGGUCGCAGAAGGCUCAAAUGGAAACCGAGCGACUUCGAGCAGAGCAGGCUAGAUUAGAAGAUGAAGAGCGCAGGGUCAGACAGGCACAAUUAGAUGAAGAGAGGCGGAAAGCGGAAGAGCUUCGACUCGAUCAAAUGCGAAAAGCUGAAGAAAUCCGUCUUCAGGAGAUGCGCCAAGCCGAACAAACUAGAUUGGAAGAAGCUCGGAAGCAGGAAGACGCAGAUAGACAGAAGAGAUUGGAAGAAGAGAGGAUCAGGAUUGAGCAAACUAGGAUCGAAGAGCAAAAGAGAAUUGAAGAGGAAAUCCGCAAGCAACAUUCCGUGCAAAUCACCGAGAUCAAAGAAGUUCAUAAAGUGGAGUCUUUCCAAAAAGAAAAAAGUCCCAUGGUUGAGGAACCGCAAGAAUCACCAGUAUUCAUUACUCCCCUAAGUGAUAUUGUAAUCCAAGAAGGCUCCAAAUUGACCUUCAUAUGCCAAGUAACUGGCCAUCCCAACCCUACUGUUACAUGGUUUAAAGCAGGUGUCCCAAUUCAACACAAUCCUGACUAUCAUACUUCGUUCGACAACGGUAUUUGCUCUCUAACUAUCGAAGAAACCUUCGCAGAAGAUUCGGCUAAAUACACCUGCAAGGCUAGCAAUUCGGCUGGAAUAGCUGAAACAUCCGCUUCCCUGAUAGUGAAAGAAACAGAACCAGAUGAUCAGCUUAUGGCACCAACAUUUGUCAAAAUGCUACAACCUGGAGUGGCCAAAGAAGGAGCGGAAUUUCAGUUUGAAUGCAGAGUGGAAGGAAAUCCGCUCCCAACAGUGCAGUGGUUUAGAAAUAACCAGUGUAUCGACAGUUCUCCAGAUUAUUCUAUUACAUAUAAUAAUGGAGAGGCUAUUCUGAGCAUUGACAAGGUUUCUUCGGACUAUAAGGCAGAUUAUACCUGCAAAGCCACGAAUGAUUUAGGCACGGCUCAAAGCACUGCUAAUUUGGUGGUGACAGCCCUGGAACCUGCGGAAGCUCCCGUUUUUGUAACACCGCUUUCAAAUGUGAUGGCCCGGGCGGGCCAAAAAAUAAAAUUGGAGUGCGAAGUUGUCGGUCUGCCACCGCCUAUUCUAACCUGGUCGCACAACGGCAAAGCUGUGAAGGAAACGAGAGAAACUAAGUUGCAAUUUGAAGGAAAUAAAGCCACUCUGGUAGUUUUGGAAGCCUUCCCGAAGGAUGCCGGCACUUACACAGUAAAUGCUAAGAACAUAGCAGGAGAGGCUUCGUCAACGUCCACAGUUUCGGUCAAAGGGCGACUUCCGAACGAAACUUCCGAUAGCGAACUGGCCAGCGAUAUGGAGCCGGUAAAACCGUCGAUUCAACUUCCGUUAGCCAACACAACCGUUAAAGAAGGCAAUCAAAUUCGAUUAGAUUGUGUCAUUGUUGGACAACCGGAACCGGAGGUGAUUUGGUACCAUGAUGGUCGCCCAGUAAAAGAAUCUCCAGAUUUUCAACUACUUUUCCAAGGAGACCGUUGUUCCCUAGUCAUUCAAGAUGCGUUACCAGAAGAUGCUGGAGAAUAUAAAGUGGUAGCUUUAAAUUCAGCCGGGGAAGCAUCUAGCCAAUGCGUGUUGGCGGUGGAACCCAAACAAGCCGAAGAACCAGUUGAAAAGCCCAGUGGAACACCGCCCAAAUUCACAAAACUUCUUACCGACAUCCUAGUUUCGGAAGAAGACAAGGUCGUGUUUGAAGGAAAUGUGAUAGGAGAACCCAAGCCCGAGCUGAAAUGGUUGCUCAACAACAUUGCUAUCACAGAUACGGAACACUUCAAAACUCAGAUAGAUGAUUCUGGAAACUUCAAGCUGGAAAUUGAAAAUGUUAAACCGGAAGAUAAAGGAGUUUACACGGUAAAGGCGUCAAACGACGCAGGAGAAGCCAAGUGCUUUGCCCAGCUAAUCGUAAAAUCUUCCAAGUUGGCCGAGGCGGCUAAGCCAUACGAAGAAGUCAAAUCUGCACCGGUGUUUAAAGAAAUGUUCAAUGACCGAAUAGCCUUUGCCGAUACACCCACAAAGUUUGAGUGCAUAGUCGUUGGAAAACCGAAGCCCAAAGUUAAAUGGCUCUUUAAUGGCAACCCCAUUUCGGGAGAAGGCGUUUUAAUAUCCACUUCAGGAGAUCGACAAGUUCUGAGCAUACCCAGCUUGAAACCUGAGAAUCAAGGAACCAUUACUUGCGUGGCUGAAAAUGAGUCGGGCAAAGCAAGCUGCGCAGCAUCUCUAACAGUACAGUCAACUUCUGAAAUUGCCCUACCAGAGCAGGUGUUGCCUACAACAUCUUCAUUAAUUCCUACCGAUAUUAAGCAGCAUGUAGAAACAUCCUAUUCAGUCAAUCGCGAAGUAGUUACUCAAUCAUCCACUUCAUCAUCGAGCAAGCUAAUUUCCUCUUCAAUAAGCUCCAGUGAACCGCACGUUGAAGAACAUAAAACCGUCUCUCAAGAAUCCCAAUCAUUCAAGCAAGUGAACCAAGGAGCGCCACAAACUCAAAAAACCACUCGCAUUGAAGAAUAUCAUAAGGUCGGAAAUGAACCUCCAGUCAUAACAGAGAAGACCUAUAUUUAUGGAGACCAGAGCGACUCAAGUAAUAUCAAGGAAAUCAAGAGUGUUGAUCAAAGACAAAUUAUUACCAAGCCAUCUAGAAUAGUCAGGGCACCCAAGUGGGUCACACCAGUGAUUGGUAAAAUAGUUGAUCAAAACGUUGAUGUGCUACUGGAAGGAAUCCUGGAUGGACAGCCCAUUCCAAAGGUCGCAUGGACGAAGGAUGGCAAAGAGCUGGUGGAAGAUGAAAGAACCAAAAUUAAGUUCGCCCUCAAUAAAGCGACGGUGGAAAUUAAGGACACCAACGUGAAUGAUGCGGGCAGAUACAGUUGCACUGCUACAAACGAUGGUGGAACUGCAAUCAGUACAGCCGAUCUGGUUAUCAGAAAAACAAUAUUUCCUCCAGUGUUUGGAAGACGUCUGCAAGCGCAAGUUAUUAAGAAAAACGACCGUAUUAUCAUGGAAGUGGAAGUCACUGGUACUCCUGAACCCACCAUUACUUGGCUUAAAGAUGGCAUUCCAAUUAAAGACGCGUUAAGCGACGCCAAAAUCAAAUCCAUGGGCCACAGCCACACUUUGACCAUCGAUAAAGCUGAUCUUAAGCACAAUGGUCGUUAUAUGGUUAGGGCAGUAAAUACAGGAGGAGAAGCUCAAAGUAUUGCUGAUAUGGCGGUCUACGAACCCACGCCGGACACAAUGGUUGAAGUAGUGAAGACGGUGGUGUUUGAAGAUGUUAAGAAGCACGAAACCCUGGCAUCAACAGCCGACAGAACAUCGUCCACUAUAAGUACCAAAGCGCCGCUGGUGCCUACUAAAAUAGAGGUGGCACCGUUGAGCAGUGAAAUAUCCCAAUCAUUUUCCAAAAAAUCUGAAUCCACAUCAACUGUCGAGCAAAAAUCCUCCCAACAAUCGCAUACUUAUAAGCUCGAACAUAAAACUCCCGAAAUUCCCUUGCCGAAGCCCAUAGAACGGAAAACACCUACAUUUGAAAAGCGAACUGACUAUGAAAUAUCCCAUGAAUUCGUUCCGGGUGAGAACAAAGAAGUAAUCGAAGAGAAAAAAACAGUGAUUGAGGAGGGAGGCAUUGAGACCAGCUCCAUAUCCAAACAAUCUUCUCUGCAAUACUUUGUGAAGAAAAUAAAAGAGGGCGAUGCUGCGCCAGCCCCGAAAGAAGUGCCAGUAGAACCAAUUCAACCACUAAAGCCAGAAAUUUUCCAAAAAUUCACCACCGUUGACUCAGAAGUUAAAAAAGAAACUGCUGCUCCUACUAAAGCUCCUCCUGUAUCCACAUUCACUGAAAUCAGAACAAUUGACAAUAAAUCAACAGCGCCAAUCACUCAGGAAUUCCGCUCGGUUUCUUCAACAAAAGAAGUAACACGGGAGGUAAAAACUCUUCCUUUCGCUCAAGAAUAUAAAAGCUCCUCCUCGACUACAGAAAAAACGUCGCAUCCAUUUAGAGAAGAAUUCCAAAGAGAAACUACAAAAACUCAACCAACGAGUAAACCAUUCACUCAAGAAUAUUCUUCAUUCUCUUCUAGACAGCAAAUUUCUGCACCACAAGAAUACAAAACCUACUCUUCUGAAGUGAUCAGGGAAUUUGACCUUAAACCUGAACCUCCUGCAGAAAUUUGCUUCCCACCUACUAAAGAACCGACCUUUAAGCAAGACUCAGUUCAGGAACGUGUGCACAAAUUAUCGACAAGUUCAAAGGAAUUGCCUGCUCAUGAAGUUCCUCAGGGAGGCGUCAAAAUUUUCCCUACUCCACAGCCCGCAAAAACUGCAGAGAGCUUUAGCGAACGAAAGGAAUUUUCCGAGAAAGUCGAAAAAUCUUAUCAGUCUUCCUCAUAUCAAACUUCCUCAUCCUCAUUCUCUAAGAGCUACGAAUCCAGUUCAUCUCCAGCUUUUACUGGAAGGAAAACACCCGAAGUACCUUCAGUACAGAAAAUUUGGUCAACCAAACAGGAGCUAUUCGAUAGACCGGCUUCAGUCGCCUCUUCUUCAUACUCAACGGAGAGACAUUCCUACAGCAGGCCCUUGUCUGCUUUGUCAGGAGAACCAUCAACGGAAGCGCUUCAGAUGGAAAAACAAUGGGCCCACAAAUUCAUGGAGCCCCAAACCGACAAGCCUUGGACGCGGCCCCAAUCAGCAGGGCCGAAACCAACUUCAUCGUGGAGUACACAAAGCACAUUGGAGAAAAGAUGGGCUCCAGUCGAAAUGAAAUCGGAGAAAAUUGUACAAGAAAGCAGGACUUUUUUAGGCAAAACUCCAGUUCUUGUACCUCACUAUAUAGGGGAAGUAACACGACUGGAAACAACAGUAAAAGACCAAACAAGUGAUUCAUAUUCAAGCUCAAAGUCUGAACACAUUGUGGAGGAAAGUAACUUGAAGCCCUCACUCAAGUCUUGGCCGCCUGGUCCACCUGUUCAGGAAUAUGUUCCGCCUCCACCUCGACCUUAUCCAACCAUUGAGUCUAUCCGAGUUAGACCAGUAUCAGUUCAGGAUAUAACCGAUGAGGUAUAUUUAGAACCGGGGCCUCCUCCCGAAAUUGGAUACGCUGAGCCUCCUACAGGGCGAAGGAGAUCUUACGUGGAAACUAUCGAACACGAUCUGAAGCAGGAACUGCAACGAGAACCCAGCAAGGUCCCUCCAUGCGCAGUACGAACGAUUCCUCCACCGCCCUUGCCACCAAAGAAGGAAAUUCCUCAGGCCCCGCCAGUUCCUGCCAGACCAAUUAAACAAGUGGAGACAAAACCCAAGAAGCCACUCAAAGAAUUGCCUUAUGUGCCCUUUGAAAAGUUUCCAGACUUAGAACCCUUUCCGUUCAAGCCCGAUCCGGAUCGACCAAGACCUCCAAGAACUGGACCUCCUCCAACACCUUCCCGAUUCGUUAAAGGACGAUUUACAGAUAGUGAUUAUGAGAGUGACUUUGAGAAUGUGCGAAUUCCACCAAAGUGGAAGCCUUCGAUGAGCGACACUGAGGAGCCACGAUAUCGGCGAGUUCGAGCUCCUCUUUUAGUUGCCACUGGUAGGUCACGAUCUCAAGAACCUGAGCCUUUACCUCCCUCCAAAUUCGAUAGACCUCCGCAAUUUCAUGGGCCACCAAGACCUGAGGUGGAUUUUGAGGAGUUUCGACGCAAAAAAGAUGCAUCACAAAUUAAAAAGAUGACUAAGCACUUUGAGCAAGUUAGAAGGGAAGUUUCUCCUCCAAAAAUCAAGCCCGCCAGCCCACCGACUUACGUUUAUCCAGAGAAGAGGCCUGAGUCACCGAAAGUGAAAAAGAAGGUGGUUAUUGAUGGCUACAUGGCUGAUACCGAUGAGCCCUUCCAGCAGAGGGUCAUCAAAACUGAGCAUUUCAGAGAGGAGAAAACCGAGUCCCGUCAUAUAUCCCAAUCCAGUCAGAAAAUCUACGAAAGCUCCUCAUCUACCCAAAAAACUUUCGUUCCUAAAACCCGCGUCUGUAAAUACCCCGCCAAGAAGCAUCAGUCGUCAGUUUCUUCAGUCAAGAAGGAAUUUGUAGCUACUCCCAUUAUAACCAGCCAAUCCACUCAGGAAUAUACUGAGGAGCACCAGAAGCAGACUCAUCUAGAAUCAUUUCCCUAUCAACCAGAACCACCCAAAGUCAAAUCGACUAAAGCGCCUCCACCGCCCAGUCCUUCCAAGUUUAUUAAAGGAGAAUUUCGCGAGAGUGACUACGAAAGCGAUUACGAAGGCAGAGUUCCCCCUAUUUGGGGGCAACAUGUUGACAAACAGUAUAAACCAGUGAGGCCAGUUUUGACUCCAACUCAUCCCAAUUAUCAGCCGCCUGCUCGCACACCAACACCGCCCACGGAAUUUGAAAGACCUCCAGCUGUUGAGGGACAGCCAAGACCCAAGUUCGAGCCCAUUGAAAAAAUUACUCCAGUCCCCAAGUCGAUAGUUAGGAAACCGAAAGCGUUAGCUGCGGCUCCUAUAACGGACUUAGUUGUUGCUACUCCAGCCGUUCCCGUGAAGAAUGUUUAUAUUCAACCAGGAUCUCCUCCGGAAAUUGGUUAUGCGCCGGGACCAAGGAAAAGCCAAUUUUAUAGCUCAACUACAUCAGCUCCAUAUAAAAACGCUGUCCAAACUGAAACCUCCAACAUUGUUCACUUUGAUGAAUCCACUGAUACUUGCAAAAGAACGAUGAGCGUGCAGCAGACGCACAAAGUAAUAAAGUUUGGAGAUCAAUAUCGGAAACAGGAAAAAACCACCCAGCGAGAAUCGUACCCAUUUAGUCCGGAACCAGAUCGCUCCAGACGAUCGACCAGCGUUCCUCCUCCACCAACUCCCAGCAAAUUCAUUCGCGGAGAGUUCAGAGAAAGCGAUUACGAAAGUGAGGUCGAAUCCGCAAAAAUUAAACCCAAAUGGACUCCAGGCGGUAGUGAUGCCGAUGCAUUACAUUACAGGAGAGUGAAAGCACCCACACCAACAUCAGACUAUUCAGCAUACAGUUCUCAGCAGCAGAGGGCGAGGGCCCCAAUGGAAUUUGAUAGCGGCCCGAUUCAAUCUACUACCACUACUAUUACGGACAUUACUGAUGAGGAAAUCAGUCGGCAGCAGUUGAAAACUUCUUCUGAAAGCUCCACGAAGCAGAUUUUGAGAAGAACUAAUUCCUACGAGCCUCCAAGCGCGUUGAAACCAG